AUGAAACCACUAUUACUAGUCAGUUUCAUCUUUGGUCUCAUUGGAAUACCCGAGGCGAGAGAAGAACUCUCAAAUGAGGUGAUACAGGACAAUGAUUACUAUCCCGAUUAUAGCUAUGAUUAUGAUUAUUCACAAGAUUACUACUAUCCGUACGAAGAAUAUGAGUAUUAUCCAGAUGAGUACUAUGAUGAAGGAGGAGAAGGCGACCAGCACCAAGUGCGAACCGAACCGGUAGAAGACUACGGAGAGCCAAAAGAUGGCGAUGAAGAGGACGAACCGACAGAAGACGAUGGUGAGCCAAAGGAUGGUGAUGAAGAGGACGAACCGAAAGAAGACGAU